AUUCGUCUCUGCCAUUUUUGCUAUUUUUAGGGCCAAAUAAAUAACCAUAGCUCGACUCAUUAUCUACAUCCCUCUUGAUUUUUGUCGUUUUCGAGGUUCUGUUCAUUUUUUCGUUUUCGAGUUAGGUCGUUUUUGAGUUCUUGAUUAAUGUGAUUUCUCACGAAUUUUGCCACUCUCUUUCACUCUCACUCUCUCUCCCUCCUACUUUCUCUCUCAAUCGAGGGAAAUAAAAAUGUUGCGGUAUAGAAGCUCUAGUUCAACUCACUAGUUCCAAAAAAAAACAUAAAUUCUUUUAUCAAACACCUCCACCAAAUUUCCUAACUUUUAGCGGCAGAAAUGGAAGAUUCCUACGGUGGCUAUAGCGGCGGCGGAAAGAAGGCGGUGGAUCAAGCUGAGGAUCUUCAAGAAGAGGAAGUGUGGGCAAUGAUCAAUGCAAGAGAAGGUUCAAACUCGAGCUCCAAAACCAAAACCAAAAGCAAACGCGAUUUCUCAUCAUCGUCAUAUGCAUGGCACGUCGAAGGCGGCGGAGAGGAGUCCUCGCUGCCGCAAAGGGCGGCGCGCCACCGGUCCUCGGCCCCUGUGGAGAUUCCCGACUGCUCCAAGAUUCUAAAGAAGAACAAAAAGAAAAUUACACGGGAUGGAGCAUGUGACGCACAUAAUUGUGAUAGUAAAGUUGAUGCAGAAGACGAGGACGAGGGCGAGGACGAGGCCCCUCCACAUGAAGUGUUGGCUAGAAGACUUGCGAGAACAAGGAUUGUUUCACAUUCAAUGUGCGAGGGAGUUGGGAGGACUCUCAAAGGAAGAGACCUCAGCAAAACCAGGAAUGCUAUUUUAACCAAGACUGGUUUUAUUGAAUAGAUUAGCGAACGUAUAUGUCACUGUCAUGAUACUAUUAUUAUCUAUUUUCAACCAUAUCGAUAUGGUUAAUUUAGUGUUAAUUGUGUAGCACGUAGUAACGAAGGUGGUCUAUUGGAGGCUUUUUAUUAGGUGUAAAGGAGUAUUUAUUGAAGAAAUUAAUGGUAGGGUCCAAGGUUUUCUUUAGUCUUUAUGAAUGGGAGAUUUGUAAUGUUGGCAUGUUCCAAGCAUAUGUAAUAUAUGAAAUGAAAAAUUUUGGUUGAUUU